AGAUAAACUGGAGGUAUUCGAAGGAUAAACUCUUCUGAAGUUUUGCUUUUCUCGUAAUCAUGUUCAAACCGACGGUGUCCCUUUUUAUACUGCAACUCUUCAUGCUGAGUUCGAUGGUAUCUGGAAGAAGAAUGGCUCAUGAAAACCGUCUCGAGAAAACUUCGUGCUCUGAAGAGACGAAAGACCCACCUGAGACGAAGGUUCCAAACAAGCACUCUUCGAGUUCGAUUCGAGGGAAAACUGACAAGCACAAUGAAGUCCAGAUUAAAGCUCUUUCCAGCAAGAAAACAGAACGAAAAUUUCUUCUAGAGGAGAAAGAAGAUGAAGCUGGUGCUUGCCGAAGGGUGCCAAUGCAUGUGAGCUCUUCAGAUCUUGAAAAUAGUACCUUAUUUGAUGGAAUCGUUGCACCUAUGAGGUUCAAUGCUUUUAAGUGUGUGGGAAAGUGCAAGUCAGGCAAACCUACGAAUUAUUCACUGAUGAUGGCGAUCCUGAAUUCGAAGAACGAGGGUUACUCAACCGAUGGCAGCAGGUCCUGCUGUGUCCCAAUAAAGUGGCGCCCUUUCUCUUUCUUGAUACUUCAUAAUGAUGAAGUCUUAUUGAGGAAAUUUGAUAACAUGAUUGUUCAGGAAUGUGGGUGCAUCUGAACAUUCGUAAUAGUUUUGUGUAGUGUGGGCAAACUAUAAACAGUAGAAACCUUUAUGCUUGAUAAGAACACCUUCGUGCAAUUUACGAAAGUUUCCUUUUAUCGAAGGAAAUGUUACCGAUAUCAACAAUGCUGAGUAACAACUGUAAUUCUUUUUUAAACAAGUCAAGGCAUCUUUAGCGUAUUCUGAAUGCUCAGUGCAAUUCUUCAUUGUUGUGACACUGACUUAUAAAUGAAUUAAUAAAUUUUUGCCGCUUCAU